UUCCAGACCCUCUGGGCAAUUUCGCAAUCUUUAUUUGAUAGAAGAUUAGCGAUAACUGAUUCUUCCGCUUCUUCAACUUCUUCAUUUUUGGAAGAAUUUGAAGACGACUUUAAUUUUGCAAUAAUGGAAGAAGACAACAAAAAAGAGGAAAAUGAGAGAAUUAGGAAGAAAACGAAGAAACGAAAAAAUAAAAGGGAAGGGGAAGAAGAGAAAAAUUCUUCAUCGUCUUCAUCCUCUUCCAGAGAGUCUUCUCUUGAAAGAGAAGAAGAUGGGAAGAAGCCUUCUUUAAAAAUAGACAGUAAUUUAUUACACACAGACACUAUGCCUAAAAUAACAACUGAAGAAUUGGGGAAGAGAGAGGAUGAGAUGAAAGAAGAAUCUGAAGAGAAGAUUGCAACUCCAGAAUCGCCCCCAAUACAAAUAGAAACUAUUGGUGUAAGAAUGGAACGAAGGCAACAACAAGUUUUUGGAAAUGGACAACAACCCCAACAACUUCCUCCACCCCCACCACCCUUUUUUAUGUUUAAACCUGCAGAGGUUGAAGAGGAAGAGGAGGAAGAUGAAAAUCAACCACCACUCUUUGGACGUUUAGAUGCUAUAGCUGAGGAAGAUAGCGACGAAUUAAGAAGUGCCUCAUCCAGUCGUGCCUCAACUGCUCGUUUCCAUUUAAGGCCCAGUGUUUCCCCUGAAAUUAAAGAGGAACUAAAGAAGGAAGAGGAUAUUGAGGAAGAUAAUCUUCCAAAAAUGCCUUUUAAAUUUUUAUUUGAAAGACAACAAAGUGCUGGAGGUUCUAGUCAAAGUUCGGUUGCUAAAGUUGUUGAAUUGGAUAAUUCUGAAGACGAGGAAGACAAAGAAAAAAUUAGUCCAAAAGUGCCUCGACUUGAUUUGGAAGGUGUCAGUUUAGAAAAUAGUGAAGCAGAAGAAGACACCGAACAAACAGCACGUGACGGUAUUACUCCAAUCUCUGAUACCGAUACAAUUAUAAUUAAUGAAGAAGAAGGGGAAGAAAAAAAUAAAAAAGUUACUUUUGAAGAUGAAAAAGAAAAAAUAUUUGAAACUAAAAAAGCUUUGGAAGUGGAAGAUGAAGUAAAGCGGGAAGAGGAAAAGAAAAUGUAUUCAACAGCAGCUAUGCUUUUCCAACAUCCCUCUGAUGCGGAUAGAGAUCAAGGGGAACUUUUCGCAUCAUUAGCUGACCAACACAUUCCUAUGCCUCCACCAAUGGAGGAUGGCCGCCUUUCAUCUCCAUCAAUGUCAAUUAACCUUGACCGAAGCCGUGAAUCACUUGAUCAUUCAAUUUGUUCAAUUCCCACAAAAGAAACUGAAAAUAUUUCUCAAGAAUUUUAUUCUUCUUUACCUUCUCCAAUAUUGUCUUCAUCCACUUUAGUUGGGUUAACUAACGGUGGUACUAAAAAUAUUAUUGAGAGAGAUUUUGAUUCAACUCAACGAAAUGGUGCUAAUGGGAUGUUAACUACUGGAAUUGGUGAUAUAAUGUCUAAGAAACAAUCAGAAAAAGCCUCAUCAACAUCUUCCUCAUCGCCAGCAUAUAUUCAAAAAGCUUACGGGGAGGAAGAAGAAGAGCCAAUGCCUUUACCUCCCCCACCCCCAUCUACUACUACUUCUAAUGGCUUAACUAAUAAAUUAACUACUACAAAUCUUCCUCUGAAUGGAUCUUCUUUCCCCGUUUCUUUAAGACAAGAAGAACCUCCUCCACCUCCACUACCAACACUUCCACCAGUUUCUUCACCCGAAUCAGUAUUGCCUUUGUGGGGUAGAAAUGAAAGAUUAACAAGUUAUUUGCAUGGUUAUGGGGCAACUUUGCCAAAAAAUUUUGAGACUGAAAAAGAAUCUAUUGAACGUAGAAAACGUCAAGAAGGAGCUGCGGUUGAAGGAGAAGGGAAGGAGAAUGGAAUUAUUAAUAAUUAUGUCCCUCCACCUUCUUAUAGAUGGAUUGAAUCUGAACGGAAAAAAAUGGAAGAAAGGCAGAAGGAAGAAGAUAGAGCCUGGACUAUUCAUCCAAUAGCCUUAAAGGAACGUCCAUCUUCCAGAAGCACUCAAGAAGACAAAAGAAGGCCAACAGCCAAUGGCGAAAGAAAUAUUCCAAUUAAAAUACAUCCAGAUACCUACAAGCCUUUCUCGGCGAGUAAUGAUUGGUUCCAUUCACCAUUUUAUGAUAGUUUAUGGCCUCAGAGAAGUGGUUUUGGUGGAUUUCAACGUGAGAAUAAUUUUUAUAAAAAUUAGG